AAAAUGAAAGUGAAAUGGACAAAGUUGGGAAUGGUCUUCUUUCUGCUUCUCUCAUGUGUAAUGACAGGCUGUUUCAUUUGGCAGUACAGGCUCCCCAAAGCAAAACCAGUGGAUGGAAAGGCUGCGGAAGAAGUGAAAGAUGAGAUAAUGUGCCCGCGUUUUCCUGAGCCUGUGCCACUGGUGCACCCAAUUCCUGUCCUCAUGGACGCACUAGAUAAAGCGGAUGUGCUUUUGAGGAACAGCAUUGAUGCCACAAAGCUGCCAGCCAUUUCUGCCAUUGUAAUAUUCAAUGAUUCUGUAUUGUGGAAUGGGAACUUUGGAAGAAUGAAUGGAAGUGACCCUACGUCUUCCCUAACAAAUGAGUACACAGUUUACAGAAUUGCAAGCCUUUCCAAAAUUUUCCCCACAUUGAUGCUGUAUAAACUUUGGGAGGACGGAAAAGUGGAUUCCCUGGACGACCCGCUGGGGAAAUAUCUUAAGAACUUCACCAUAAAAAACCCUCUGGGGAAGAGAAGAGAUCAUGACCCCAAGUCUGUCUCUGACAGCCGGAGCGGUAAAGAAGGCCACAUCUCUUCAGUUACUCUGAGACGGAUGGCCAGCCAGCUGUCAGGUUUACCAAGGCGGCUCAGGGCGACUACGCUACUCUGGAAAGGCAACACUCAAGCUGCAGUGGAUUUAUUACAAGAUGAUGUUCUCGUGGCCGACCCCGGAACCAAAUGCCACUACAGCAACCUGGCCUUCUCGCUGCUUGCCCAUGUGAUGGCGGAGACGGUGGCUGGCAUGGAUUAUCAGCGAUGGGUGACUGAAAAUAUCCUGCAACCAUUGGGAAUGGAGGACACCGGGUUUGAAAUCACUCCACAGAUUGAGAACCGGAUGGCAGUAGGUGUCUACUCAAGCGGGCGUCCCGCGCCUCUCUAUGACCUCGGCUGGUACAGACCUUCAGGGCAAAUGUACUCCACACCAGCUGACAUGGCCAAACUUGUAAUGAUGCUGCUUGGCGCGUUUCACUGGCAGGUUCUCCAACCUGAUACCCUCAAAACCAUGUUGACUCCAUUGUUUCGAUGUGAGAACAGUUACUUUGCUAAUCAAACAGGCACACCUUGGGAAGUGAAUGAACAGUUGGGUUAUGAUGUUAUACGAAAAGAUGGAGAUCUGGAUGGAUAUUCGGCUUCGAUUUCCCUUGUUCCUCGCUUGAAGCUUGGAUUGGUCAUCCUAAUGGCUGGAAGCAAACCUGUAGAUGAGGAUCUUGUGGCCAAAACCUACAGUUAUAUCAUCCCUGCCAUGGAAAGUGCCUUCAGAGAUACACCUCGUGUUCUCAUUCCUCCUCCAGACCCUGCUCCCUAUGUAGGGUAUUUUACUUAUAGUAAUAUAACGUUCUAUGAGAUCAAAGCCAAUACAGAUGGAGUGCUGUCUCUGGAGCAGUUCGGACCUCAAGUUGAUGAUAUGGUUCCUGUGAAGUUCAGGAGUUUGAAACUCACUUAUCUACAGGAUAGGGUCUUCAGGUUGGUAUUUGAGAAGGAGUAUCCGUGUCAGCUGAAAGUCAAUGCUGCCUCUGUGUCUCUUGAAUCUCAGGAUGGGCAACUUUUUAACUUCUAUAUCUUCAACAAAAAGGGGCUUUCAACUGGUUUUGAUGUCCCAGGGUUAAACACGUAUAAAGUCACGCGGAUAUUCCGCAGACCUACUUUUAGCAGUUGA